AUGGUUUCUUCAAAUUCGUGCAAAUCCAUCAAGAAAGCAAAAAAUUUCCAUUUACGUGCAAAGGACAAUCGCAUCCUGGUUUUUGAUUACGAUAUGCUGCUGACACUUUUGCGAGUGCCACUUCGAGCAUGGAAAUCCCCAUGUCGAUCCUUCUCAAUUUUUCGUCUUGGAGCAGUGUCUGAGGGUUCGGGGUUCGCUAUCAGCCGUAUCGGCAGUGUGGCACUUUGCAGAAAUGUGUUACUAGUGAGCAAGUCAGAUGCGAGAUGGAUUCGCUCUCGUGGAAAUGACAGAGAUUUUGAACAUCAUACAAGAAGUGAACAUGAAAAGGAAUCUUCGUCCAAUGGACAGAACGAAGGCACACCAAAUCCAGAGGAAGCAAAUAAGGAUAAGCCCAAGGUGGACCCUGCUUUACUUCGAAAGCUGCGCAUUUAUGUGCUGGUUGUGGGUUGCAUGUCAUUUGUGAUGUCCUUCCUGAUUCUGUCUCAGAUGAGCCUUGGUCAAGCUCAAGCCGAAGGCCUGCUGCCCGAGCACCUAACAAGUUACGGCAUCGACAUGAAGUCCUUUGUGGACAAGUAUCUCAAGGCUGGAGAAGUGCGAAGGAUCAUCUUUUGUCCUGACUAUUCAAGGGCUGUAGCUUUCCUAUAUGAAGGUGCCAUAAUCGAUGGAAGACAGACGCGAGAUCCUGUGGUAGUCGUGGCCUAUCCAAAAGAUGCAACGCAGUUCUGGAGUGAAAUUCGUAAGGAAGAGGAAGACAUGGGUAUCGCUAUCGCCAAUGGAGUCAAGUUGGAAAUGUAUAGAGGUCUGACGACUUUCAGGACCUUAGAGCUUCUGGUUGGGAUCAUGAUAAUAGCUUGGCUUGGCACGCAAUAUGGACGUUUGCUUCGGCAGCGAUAUCUUGCCAACAAGCAGAAGAGCGGUGGCAGCUCGCCAUAAUUAUUGAAAAACGGAGGCAACGUGCCCAUAACAGAAUAUCGAUGCUGACGUAUGCUUCUUGAUUUGGUACUUUUCUAUUUCUUCGACAAAAAGCGGCAUCCGCUGAAUGUUCUGACAUACGUCUUCCCAUAUUGUUUUCCACAUGUCCUUCAACGUUUCUUUUAUCUUCAUUUUGUAAAGUCUUUCUUUUGCACUGCAUAUGUUUAUAUGUAUCUAGGUCUAGCUCGUAAUACUGGUUGCAUGUCUUGACAUCUUAUCUACUAUGAGG